AGCAUCUUUAUACCGUAUAUCCAAUAAUGAUGCACUUUUAUGUCGUACAGAACAGAGUGAUAAAGAAGAUGGUGAAAGUAUUUUUGAUCCAAGCUGGGAACACUCUGGGUGCCGACAAACAGUUUUUGCAGACCUUGGGGGAAGGAGCGACCAGACUGGACAUAGUGCUCAGCAAAGAGGAGUGUGAUGUCCUACUUGCAUUCUGUCCUAUCGUCUCAAGAGUUGGAACAGACGUUGAAGCUGCCGUCAAAUUAAUCGACUCGUAUUUUCCUCGUCCCCAAGAAUCAACAGAUGUGGAGGCAUCAGACCCACUGCUGUCAUCCACACCUCCUGGAAUGGUGAUAGUGCUGCAUCCGACCUUUGACCCAGACUAUGUUGUGCCAGAUACCAGACGAUUUGUCCCUUCUAACUUCGAGACAGUGGACGGCUUGUUCCACGAGGGGGAGCUACUGGACUGUGACUGCAAUGACAAUGCCUACAGAGUCGUAUCUGAGUUCCUAAAGAGGCACUCCAAACAACCCAACCCGAAACCCAAACACAACAAUCCGAAACCAAAAGCCAAACCCAAAACCAGCCCCGAUCCCAGUAUGAAUGUGUGCCAACGUUUUAUGGAAGACCAUCCUUACUAUUUUUUGGCUGGGUUGCUUGCAGUAGCAGUCAUAUGUUUGAUAAUUGCGCUUGUGUUAAUGCACUCAUCAGGUUUAAUUUGACAUUUUGGUGUGAUGGUUCUUUUCUAUUCUGUGCUGCUGUCCCUCUUCUCUUCUCUUCUCUUCUCUUCUCUUCUCUUCUCUUCUCUUCUCUUCUCUUCUCUUCUCUUCUCUUCUCUUCUCUUCUCUUCUCUUCUCUUCUCUUCUCUUCUCUUCUCUUCAAAUAGCGCACAUCAUACAUCAAGAGGGUUAAUUUCAAAAUUGCUAAAAGAAACCACCAUCAUUAAACUGUCAUAAAUCAUCAAUAAUUAUUUGAAAAACAUCUUUUUAUCACAGCAAUCGGAAUUAAGUAAUAGCAUGUCGCAAAUAAGAACAAUAACAUGCUAAAAACUAUGUUAAGUUGACUUUUUGAAACAUACAUAGGUGCGGUGUGCACACCUACCUCUUUUCAUUGCCUGACACUAUUGUUUGCUACCUGCAAAAAUAUUGCAUGUGAGCUUGUUGCUUAUGGUAUAUAGGCUAUAAGAGAAUUUCAUCAGGUUGAGAUCCGCAAUAUACAACAAUGUUGACAGAUGCAGCACGCAGGGGCGCAUUUUCGAAUCAAACGCAGACUUAACACUAUGUCAUAGUACACUUUUGUGUCAUUGACCUGGCAAUGCUGACUUCUUGAUUUGUAGCACCUUUUUGUAUAUUUUUGUUACUGCAUGAAUUGGUGACUAAUGUUUGAAAUAUGUUUUUGCCUUUCUUUUGAGGUGGCACAACACAUUUUAACAACCCAGUAUAGAGCUCAUCCCAGAGUUGUAUGUGUUUUUAUUUUAUGAUGUUUUUGACGUUUGCCAUAUAACUGAUAUUUGAACAACUGUGGCAUUUUUGAGCAAAGUGGAAAGUGCCUACAAAUAUAGGCCUACUCUACACAGUUGAAUCCAGAUGUUUAACCUACAUUGAAUCAGAUGAAACCGAAUGCCUGAUGGCAAUAUUAUUUACAAAUCAAAGAAUAAUGAGUAACAGGGAAUUUCACAGGUUUUGUUUUAUAUUGUCAUCAAAGUCAGAAGUUUAUUUGAGAAAUGUACUGUGCAUGAACAGCACUCAGUUGCAUAAUUAAAGACUAUGGUCAUAAA